GACGAGCCGUGUUCUGUGUCGCUCCCGACAGCGUAAGCAGCAGACGACGUGUGACUUGUGUGCCGCUCCUCGAGUGACCGGGAGCAGACGACGCGCUCUGACUCAGCCGCUCCCGAUCAACCUUCUUCAGGAGCAGACGACGUGGUUUUUCCGCAGUGAACUUGUAUAUAUGCCGCUCCUCCCGCUCACAGCCGCCGUGUAGAUUUGUGUCUUGUGUGUUCGGCGAUGGCGCUUGGGCCUGCGCCCGCUCCAGCGGCCGUGUUUCCCGCGUCGGCCGCGGCUCCGCCUCACCCGCCGAUGCUGAUGCUGCCGACGCUCAACUUUUCCGUGGGCCAGGUGGCCGCCGUGUGCGAGACGCUCGAGGAGAGCGGUGACGUGGAGCGGCUCGGCCGCUUCCUGUGGUCGCUGCCCGUGGCGCACCCCAACUGUGCCGAGCUGAACAAGAGCGAGGCGGUGCUGCGCGCCCGGGCGCUGGUAGCCUUCCACGCGGGCAACUUCCGCGAGCUCUACCGGAUCCUGGAGGGCCACCGGUUCGCCAGAGGCUCGCACGCCAAGCUGCAGGCUAUGUGGCUCGAGGCGCACUACCAAGAAGCCGAGAAGCUGCGCGGCAGGCCUCUGGGACCCGUGGACAAGUACCGGGUGCGCAAGAAGUUCCCGCUGCCGCGCACCAUCUGGGACGGCGAGCAGAAGACGCACUGUUUCAAGGAGCGCACGAGGUCGCUGCUUCGAGAGUGGUACCUCCAGGACCCCUACCCGAACCCGACCAAGAAGCGGGAGCUGGCGCAAGCUACGGGGCUGACGCCUACCCAGGUGGGCAACUGGUUCAAGAACCGGCGCCAGAGGGACAGGGCGGCGGCCGCCAAGAACCGGUUGCUUCAGCAGCAGAUGCAACAGCAACAGCAGCUCGCCCAGCAGGGCUACGGCAGCUCGAGCAGCACCAGCUCGACCGGCUCCAACCGGAACCACAACCACCACGGCAGCAAGAACGGCACUUCCGGUUCCGGGGGCUCGCACCACCACCAGGGCUCCUCGGUGACUGCGGGCGGAGGAACGGGAGGCGGCACCGGUGGCGGUCACCACCACCGGACGUCCUCUUCUUCCUCCACGGCCGUGGACACCCGGAGGUCCACCACCGGCGGCGGCGGCGUCGGCCCCAAGUCGCCCGGCAUCGGCGACGACAACAGCUGCGGUAGCUACGGCGACAGCUCGGCGGCGCCGAGCUCGCCGACCCCCUUGUCGACCACGUCCGAGUCGAGCCGGAGUCCGAGCCCUCGGCAGCCCCAAUGACAUGAGGCCCCGCCCGCCCUGAUGGCCGGGGCGGGCGGUGGGCUCGCGCUGAACCCCAGCUGCCUAGUAGGCGGUCCCGCGGCUCCGGGAGUGCCGCUUCCGCCAGGACUGCCGUUGGCCACGACGGCCGUACCGCUGGCCGACGCCCUGCCGUCGUUCGAGCAGUACCUCCAGUAUCUGUUCAUGUCCCUGCCCCCGCCGCCGACGGCCUUCUACGCGGCCGCCGCGGCCCACCAGCAGCAGGCGCAACAGUUGCUCCAGGAGCAACAGCUCCAGCAGCAGCAGUUGCUCAAGAAGCAGGCGGCGGUGACCGAGACGACGGACGACGUCGAAGAGAAGGUCGACGUCGUGUCCUCCACGCCGGAGCCGGCGUCGGACGAAGAAAAGUGAAACCUAAAGAAGAACUCGUUGCGGGGCAAGUUGGUUGACGCUUGGGAGGAACGGUCGCAGCGCAAGCAAGCCGUGCGUAAAGAACAGCUAUAGACGGGGUUGAAGACAGGACAGCACAAGCUCUACUGUCCUUUCUUCAGUUCCUCGCAUCCUUCUUGUUUGCGCGAAAAGUUCGACUCCUCAUCGCCUUCGUAUACAGUGGAAGCUUGUAGGUUCGAGACUGCAUGACUUUGCGGUGGAGAGCACGACGACGAGGACGAAGCGCAAGGACAUAAGCUGUGUGUCCUGGACUGGAGAAAAGGCCUCGAAGUUGUCCUGCUUGUCCUUGUCUUCUGGCACUGUGAUAUAUCUGCGGCAUCUUCGCUCCGUUGAACAAGAAAGGCCGUCACUCUCACCUUCCUCCAGCCUCUUACGGGAAAUGUAUACAAGACAUGACGUCACGUUUUCGAGCGUCCGAGAAAGUGAGGCGUCCGCACGUGUGUGUCUUGAAGUACAGCUUCACGGACGAGGGACAUCUUUGCAAUGCUUUGUUUUUUUUUUUCACUUUUUUUGUGAUGAAAGUGACUGUGGUGGACUCAGACAUUUUUCCCGUGCUGGACGCACAGAUCGGAACACUCUUGCUGCGAGUGAGCGUAUCGUGGCGUGUGUGUAUGUGUGUGUGCGCGUGUCGGCGCGUAGCUCUUGCGCAUGCGCAACUUGUGCCGCGCGGACGGGUUUAGAAAGAGACCUUCACGCGCACGCUUAUCUGCGUGCGUAUCUCGGACGAUCGAACACCUUGGACGUUUCCCUCCCACCGAAGAAAAAAAAACGACACGGCAACGAGGAGUGGGUUGCCAGAAACACCACAUCAUAUUUUAUGUGGCUUCCGUGUGUAGCCGUGGGGUUCUUAUGUAACUAUGUAUUUACGCACUAGGCGCCGUGAUCGCAUUAUGCGGCAAUAGCGUGCGAGUCGAUUCCAGAGGCUCCUUGCGGUGAUUUGUGUCUGAAAUAAUCUAAGAGUCCUAUACGAGAAAAUUCGGAGCGCGCGUUCUUUGUCAGGCAUUUUUAUGGUCAUUUUUUUUUUCGAGAGACUUUUGGACGUUCAGUCGGAGUGGUGAGAAGGUGCUUCUUUCUUCUUUUGAGCUACGAUGUGAGCGAUGACUGAUUUGAAAGACAAAUUUUGGGUUUUCGGGAUCAUUGGCUAUUGGAGAUCAUCGUUGAGAUGACCUAUGCACCGGUGUAGAGUGUUCUGGGUGAUGUCUAUACAAAUCAGCGUCGCAAUGCCAUUAACAUCAUGGGAAAAGAAAGCACUUCACUUUGGUCAGUGCAUCAGACGAAACGCUCCAAUUGGAUGACCUGUUUCACUUGCUGUAACAGAUAUGCGCUUUGGGUCAUCUUGGUGGAACCGAAAACCAACUUUCGCCGCGGCUAAAAGCCAUGUUUUCCAAGACCACGGAUGGGCGGUGGCCUUCUUUCCGAAUGGGAGCACCUUCUCGCAGCCGAUAAAGGAAAAUAUCUUUUUGUUUUGUGUGUGUGUGAUCGGUGACCAUUGACAUCUUCAGAACACAUCACGGAUGCCCUUCUUUACUUUCACUUUCUUCUUUCUUUUUCUUAUGCGUUACAGCCAGGCACGCAAGUUAAUUGAUGCUGUUUUGAAUCUCGCGCGACAUCGAGACGGCGCGCGUUCACGGCGUAUCGAUGCGGACCUUGUGCGCAUGCGUGAUACUGUCGAAUGCUUCCUCAAACUUUAUCUAACUACGCCACCACGGCGGGUACGAAACCUUCGCACUCAGAAAGUCAAGCGCAGUGUUGGAAUGUUACGUACCAUGUACGCGUGUGUCAGUGUAUGUGUACGGGUGCCUCGUGUUGAACACGCCGCUUCGAUGCUCUUCUUUUUUUCUUUUUUUAACUUUCUAUCAUUUUUUUUCUGUGUCACAGUUGUGCGAUUUUGCAGUAAACAUUUGUGGACGGGAAAAGAUAGAAGGGACUAAAAAAAAAUCAGCG